UCGACGCGUUCGCUUGUUAUAUUUAUGUCGGAUGUAAAAAAAAGAAAAAGGGGCGGAAAAUAACAUUAAAGAUUAAUUAAAUAUUUCGAGUGCCUCGAGUCUAACACAGCAAUUAAGUGAAUGUGAAAAGCGUGAGAGCAAUCGAAAUAAAACAACAAAAACUUUUGCGAGCGUCCUGCGAUGGAGAAACGCGUGAGCAAUUGUGCAAAAAAUCAAUUCAAAAUGUAAGGAGAAGCCGAUGCGGAUUUCCCAGCUGAAGAAACGCAACCAAAGAAGCUGCCAGUCCUUAAAAACGGCUUUUUGCCAACACUCAGUCUGAAGUUCCUGAGUUCCUUCCAUCUUCAAACCAGAAAACUGAAAACUAAAGCCAAAUGACUGCCAACAGUCUGCUAGGAAGGUCCAUACUUAAUGAAGGCCGCUCGAACAAGCGAUCGUUCGUGUCUUUGAUUGUGGGCCUGAUCGUGGGCUUCUGCCUGGCGGAGCUGUUCGUCUACUCCUCGACGCCGGAGCGGAGUGAGUUCAUGCCCUACGAUGGCCACCGACACGGCGAUGUGAACGACGCCCAUCACAGCCACGACAUGAUGGAGAUGUCGGGGCCGGAACAGGAUGUGGGCGGGCACGAGCACGUGCACGAGAACUCGACCAUUGCCGAGCGACUGUACAGCGAGGUGCGGGUGCUCUGCUGGAUCAUGACCAAUCCGAGCAACCACCAGAAGAAGGCGCGCCACGUGAAGCGCACCUGGGGCAAGCGGUGCAACAAGCUGAUCUUCAUGAGCUCCGAAAAGGACGCCGAGCUGGACUCGGUGGCCUUGCCGGUGGGCGAGGGUCGCAACAAUCUGUGGGGCAAGACGAAGGAGGCCUACAAGUAUAUCUACGAGCAUCACAUCAACGACGCCGACUGGUUCCUGAAGGCCGACGACGACACCUACACGAUAGUGGAGAACAUGCGCUACAUGCUCUACCCGUACAAUCCGGAAACGCCCGUCUAUUUCGGUUGCAAGUUCAAGCCGUAUGUGAAACAGGGCUACAUGUCCGGCGGUGCCGGCUACGUUCUCAGCCGGGAGGCAGUGCGUCGGUUUGUGGUCGAGGCCCUGCCGAAUCCCAAGCUCUGCAAGGCGGAUAACACGGGUGCCGAGGACGUGGAGAUUGGCAAGUGCCUGCAGAAUGUCAAGGUUCUCGCCGGGGAUUCCCGAGAUUCAAACGGUCGCGGGCGAUUCUUUCCAUUCGUCCCGGAACAUCAUCUGAUUCCAUCGCACACGGACAAGAAGUUCUGGUACUGGCAGUACAUCUUCUACAAGACCGAUGAGGGUCUUGACUGCUGCUCCGACAAUGCCAUAUCCUUCCAUUACGUCUCGCCGAAUCAAAUGUACGUGCUGGACUAUCUGAUCUACCAUUUGAGACCCUAUGGCAUUAUCAACACGCCCGAAGCUUUGCCAAAUAAGUUGGCCGUGGGCGAACUGAUGCCCGAGAUCAAGGACCCAGCGACGGAGAGUUCGAGUGAUGGGGUCUCCAAGAGAUCCGCCGAGACAAAGACGCAAUAAUAGACACAGAUGGAUAGACUCUUAAUGUACAUAGAUAGCUUUUGUAUAUAUUUAAAAUAAUCACCAUAAGCUAUGCUAGCAUUGCCAUUACCAUUUCCAUAAGCCUAUUUUGUAUGUCGUCGGUCCUUUGGAAUUAUGUAGUUCAAUUCUCCCCCAUAUCCCCGAAAGGUU